UUGAAGAAAAAUUUUCGUUUCAAAUGUAACAUUUCAGAUGGAAAGAGAAUUAAUUUAAGAUUAUUAAUUUUCAAUUGAAAUUCAGUAAUUUCGAUUAAGAUUUGUUUAUAUUUGUGAAUCGAUUAAAUCUCUUUGGAAAAUGUCGGCCAUACGAAGUAGUUUUCGAUCCAACCAUCAUGCUGCUGAAUUCUGUGCUACAUGUGGAGCCAUUUUACCUUUGCCAAGUGGAGGAAGUUCUUUCAAUUUACUUAAAUGUAUCGCUUGUGGUCACGCAAUUAGCAUCAGUGUUUUCGAUGGAACCACUUCAAUGACUAAAAUUGUCUUCAAUAAAAGUGAUAAUAUGUUGGUAGAGAAAAAGGGAAUGAACAAAGGGCCAGUUGUCGAAAGGAAAUGCAGGAAGUGUCCAUCAGAGAAAAUGUUCUACUUUACUCUACAAACGAGAUCCGCUGAUGAAGGACAAACAGUUUUCUACACUUGUUGUGAAUGUGGUUCUCAGGAAAACGAAAAUUCUUAAUUGUUGUAUAUUAACCUUUCUUUUGUUUAUAAUCGAUUAAAAGGAGUUCAAUUCAA